UAGCAGCCAUCUUUUUCCCCCCACCUCUGUUUUCGCUCUCCGUACAAGUCCAGAAGAACACCCUAGAUUCGCAUUUCCGAGGGCCGAAUUAGGGUAUCUUUGUCGGCGGGAAGUGUUGGGUACCUGUAAAGUUGGCGGUUUCCCGGCGAGUUUUCGGUUAUCAGUUUUCUCCGGAUAAAGGAUUAAAGGGGAGGACCUGGGUUCUUGAUGUGAUAUCAAACAAGAGUUCUGCAUACAAUUUGACUGCUUGUUGAAGGAAUUGAAAGAUGUCAGAUUUGUGCUCCUAUGAGGUUGACUUCCCCUUGGUCAAUGCACCCCCGCUGGAUGACGCCCCCGCCCCCGCCCCCCAUAGGUCGACCUCCGAAGGUUGAUUUUCUCUUUUUGGUCGACUCCGAAGAUUGAAGAUGCAGCGUGGGAUGAUUUUUGCCGAAGUGGUGACCAUAUAGUACCACCAAAUCCUUGUGGUCCAUCAGCUGAUGAGCAUCAACUCCAGGGUGCUAAUCAUAAGAAACCACGGCAUGAGAUAUCCUCGACAGGAUAUGCUAAGAAGCCAAAGGAACAAGACGAGAAUAACUGUAGGAUGAAGCUGUUGGCAGAAGGGUCUUGGUGUGAUGCACCAAGUCAUGUAUUUCCUACUUCACACCAGAGCGACACAGUCAACAGAGUGUCAAACUUAUCAUCUGAAAGCAACACCAUGGAGUCAAUUGGAAGGGAUUUUUGUGAAACUGGUCAUAUUCUUGAUGACCAAAAGGCAGGGGUUGAUGGGAACUCUAAUAGCUAUCAGUUUUUCUUGGAUGAUGAUAAUGACGAGAAAAAUGGUAGCGAUACUUUAGAGUACGGAUGGCCUGAAAUAGGGAACUUUGAAGACGUUGACAGAAUGUUUAGAAAUUGCGAUUCCACAUUUGGACAUGCAACCAGUGAUAGCGAUGGUGAUAUAUCAGGAUGGCUUUCAUCUUUGAAUGAUAUUGAAGGCUCUAAAGAAGCAUCAAGGACAGAUGUUAAGUUCUCAUGCCUCUCCCCCAAUGCACCAGAAAAUAUUCUAGGGAGUGGCCAAUCCGGCAAUAGUUAUAGGGAGGAUCUUUGGGUUUUUGAGAAAGGUGAAUCUGACAUUGUCAAUCAUCUGUCAUUUGUGGAAGGUUCUCAUAGUUCUGAUUGCAAAGAUGGAUCAAUACCUGAAAGGAAGACUAAUUCACAUAAAAAGCAGUCAAAGCCCAACAACCGCUCCGAGGGGCAGAGGACAUGCAUAUUCAUGGAAAAUGGAGCUUCAUUUCCAUUUAAUGGUAGCUUGCAUGAUGCAAAACGAUCAACCUCAACUGACUCUCCUCAAUCAACUAUCACAUCAAUAUGCACUCAACGGGAAAACCAGUUCCCCUCCGAUUCUUUUGCAUACUUGCAAAACUGCUUCCCUUACAUGCACUCAGAGUACAAUCAUUAUCCGGAUCGUAGUUCAAAUAUCAUGUCUGAAAGCAAUGCUCUAGUGUCUGUUUCCCCUAAGGGUUCACAUGUGCCAAAUCAGCUUUUGCCCAUUAAGAGGCAUCUCGAUACAGGGUUCAGCUCUGAAAAUCACAUUGACCUGGAUGGAGCAAACAUAAAAGCUCCUAUGGGUCCUUCAAUGUUACUGGCAAGCUCUUCCUUCAGUUCAGGGUUGGAUGAAGUUUCAGAAGAAGCAACUUGUUUUCACCAGCUUCGGCAUGCCAUUGACCAGAUUGAUCUGGAGACAAAGCUAUGCAUAAGGGACAGUUUGUACCGAUUAGCUCAAAGUGCUGAACAGAGACACAGACAUGCAAACUUCAAUGGAGAUAAUAGAGAUGCUAGUGGAACAGACAGGUGUGUUGGACACCUGGGUAUGGAAACUGAUACAAACCCAAUAGAUCGAUCCAUCGCACAGUUACUAUUUCAUGAGCCCUCAGACUCGUCAUCGCCUGUGGAGUCGAUGUACAGAUUCAGGGAUUCAUCACUAGCACCUGUAAUCGCUAAGGAAUUACUUUGUCAUAGAGAUGCAAUUGUUGAAAAAGAGAUGAAGGCUUGCUACACAUUACAGAUGAAGGUCAGUUGAUCUCUAGCAGGGGUUAUUACUUCCUUUGAGUUAUGGAAGAAUUUAAGGCGUUCCUGAACAACAUGUACACCACACCACUGAUGAAUCCUACAACGAUUCUAGUGAGCCUUUGUUGUCGUUGUUCGCCACGCUUGAAGAGAUUGAUGUCAAAAAAGCUGUCACCACUCGGAAGGGGUCUUUUUGGUUUAGAUGACCAUGCAGUUCAAUGGCCUCGUUGCCAGUCACUCUUGAAGAUCUUGUGUUGAAUAUCUUUUUAACAAUAAGUGCCAAUAUUUUUGGCGUUUAUGUAGUACGAUAGUAUAUCCUUAUUUGUAGGAUGUCUUUGAUGUAAUUCCCCAAUUAAUAUAUCUUUGAUUUGGCUAUUAAGGCUAUCGAUAAUUGAAUAAACUAUUUCGAUAAAUGUAAUUAUCUUCGACCUAAAUUGUAUUCUCUGGUUUUAGAUUUGAUGAUUUGUGCCAGGGGUGGACCUGGUUUUGGAAUUGCAUUGGAACUGGGUAAAUUCAUGGCACCACCUGUAAAUUUGGUUUAAAAUUGGGACUGGGAUCCGAUAAAUACCCGGUAUAGUUCAUGUUCCAUCAAAUACUGGAAAUCAAAUACUGGAAAUCAGCGUGUCUGAGGUCCCUCCUGAUAUGUGCUUAGGGUUCCCAUGAUCUGUUUAAUUGAGAAAUGAGACUUGAAGAUGCUCUCAUAUUCAUGGUAGUUGUAGUAGUGAAGUACUCCAUAGUAUACAUCUGAGCAAGAGAGGACGUAGGGGGGGGGGGGGGGGCUAUACUAGGCCCUGAAUCAUCUCAAUCUUAAAAAAUUCGUCAACCAUUAGUGUAAAAAAUAUCGUGUAAAAAUCUAUCCAAAAAAAUCUUCAUACCGGCCAGCCCUGUAUUUGAUGUUGACAUUGCGAGCACCCAAGAAGCAAAAUAUUAAGUGUGAAGACUGAGUGGUGUUUGGUUCGUUCAUAUUUUACCCAAAUUGCGCAAAUGUGGGAGUAUAAUGGCACACAUGGGGAUUAUUAUGAACUGAUAGUCUAGUUUUGGCUAUAACUUCUCAAAUGGGAAUUAUAUAAGUAAGAAUAUACGGAGUAUGAAGUAUGAACUAUCGGGUUUAGUGUGCCGUAUUAUUACUAGCGGUACA